ACAAAGCCCGAUUGUUCCUGGGCCCUUUCCCCACAGUGCCUGGGCCUGCUCCCCAGCCUGGGGCAGGGGCGGGGACAGUGUGGUGUCACAUGCUGUCUCCCUGGGUGGCUGGCUCGCUCUCUCCUGGGGACACGGAGGUCAGCAGGCAGCACACAGAGGGACUUACGGGCAGCUUUCCCUUCCCCAACUCAAGAACCCCCGGAGGCCCGGAGGCCCAGUGGCCUACAGCAGGAGCGGCCAUGAAGAAGCUGCUGGUGGUGCUGAGUCUGAUGGCUGCAGCCUGGGCAGAGGAGCAGAAUAAGCUGGUGCAUGGCGGACCCUGCGAAAAGACGCGUCACCCCUACCAAGCUGCCCUCUACACCUCGGGCCACUUGCUCUGCGGUGGUGUUCUUAUCCAUCCACUGUGGGUCCUCACAGCAGCCCACUGCAAAAAACCGAAUCUUCAGGUCUUCCUGGGGAAGCAUAACCUUCGGCAAAGGGAGAGUUCACAGGAGCAGAGCUCUGUGGUCCGGGCUGUGAUCCACCCUGGCUACGAUGCCUCCACCCAUGACCAGGACAUCAUGCUGCUGCGCCUGGCACACCCAGCCAAGCUCUCUGAACUCAUCCAGCCCCUUCCUCUGGAGAGGGACUGCUCAGCCAACUACACCAGCUGCCACAUCCUGGGCUGGGGCAAAACAGCAGAUGGUGAUUUCCCUGACACCAUCCAGUGUGCAUACAUUCACCUGGUGUCCCUUGACGAGUGUGAGCGUGCCUACCCUGGCCAGAUCACCCAGAACAUGUUGUGUGCCGGGGAUGAGAAGUACGGGAAGGAUUCCUGCCAGGGCGAUUCUGGGGGUCCGCUGGUAUGCGGAGACCGCCUCCGAGGCCUUGUGUCAUGGGGUAACGUCCCAUGUGGAUCAAAGGAGAAGCCAGGAGUCUACACCAAUGUCUGCAGAUACACUAAUUGGAUCCGAAAAACCAUUCAGGCCAAGUGACCCUGGCAUGUGACAUCCAACUCCUGACCUACCUACCACCCCACUGGCUGGUUCCAGAACGUCUCUCACCAAGACCUUGCCUCCCCUCCCCUCCUGCCCAGCUCUGACCCUGACGCUUAAUAAAGACAGCGACACGAGAGCCCUGAUUCUCCCUGGUUUUACCCCAGCUCCAUCCUGGCAUCACUGGGGAAGACUUGAUGAGUGAGGACUUGGGCCGAGGUCUUCCCCCUACCACUAAGAGCACACAGGAAAAUCCCUUCUAGGCAUCUCCCCUCCCUGAUUAUUCCACACGUUUGGUUUCUUCCUGCAGAGGCCCUGCCAUGUGUCUGGAAUCCCAGCUAUGCCUCUUAGUAUCUGUGUCUCCUUGGGAUAUACCUUCCUUUACUGUAGGUUUCUCAUCUGAAAAAUGAAGAUAAGGUUGAUAUAGUCCCCAUAAGGCAGUGGCUGUUGGGAAGAUUUAAGGUUUCACACCCACGACAUGCACAGAACAGCACCUGGCCCACCAUGCCCUCAAUAAAGAGUGAAUUUUAUUAUGA